AGGCGGAGGAGGAGGAGGAGGAGGAUGGGACACUGCUGAUGCUGAUGCGAGAGCUUUCUGUGUCUGUGAUCAACAUCGGUGGACAGAACCUCGCAUCAUGGAUCUACCUGAUCUCAUUUGAACACCUUAGUUUUAUUUUUCUGGAGAAGGAGAGGCGCUGAUCCGGAGAACGACGCCGGAUCUGAGGAGGAAAUAACGGUUUCGACUCGUCACUCUUCUCUUCUCCUGGCCUGUCUCGGCUGACACAGGUGGACAGAGCGGGGAGGGGGACGUUUAAAACAAGGAAACGGAAGGAAAUGAAGACAUAGCGUUGGAUUAUAAGAUCCAAAAAGGAGAAACUGACCAUUUUCGCUAAUUAGGGCUAAAAUGUUAACCUGUUAGCAGUCUGGUGGGCUAAUAUGUGUAGCUAGUCGGCUAGCAGCCGCCUCGACCAAUGGCCGCGGAGAAGGUAGAUGCUCGAAGGAGGAGUUAGAGCCAGUUGUCCGGCAUAAACACGGCGGCUCCGGGGCUGGACAACCCCAGCAGCUGGAGCUCGUUUCGGCUUCGUGUAGCGCUAAUUACCGUUUGAGGCUCAGCCGCUGGUGCUGGUUUCGGCUCGGAGGCGUCAUGUCGGCGGUUUAGCGGCUCGCAGGCCGUGAGGGAAGGAAGCGUGCUGAUGUUGGAUGUUUUCUGGCUCAGCAACCAUGACAGAAAACCAGGCUGUGAGUGAAAACAUGUCUUAUGCGUUAAGGUAACGCUUUAGAAGUGUGGGUUUGGUUUUUGUUUUAAUAAACGGAACUGAUAUUUUGACUCUUGUUCACUGGAAAUUCAAAGUUUCAACCAUUGAAAACAUGGCAGUGAAUUUUAAAAGCUGCUUCCUAACGAUAGAGGUUGUGUAGAUGGAGCCUACAGUUGUUUCUGGCCCUUUGGGGCAUGCUCAGUGGGAGCCAGAGCAGCCAUUUCCGCUGGGAUUUCAACCAGUGGAUCCAGACUGUGGAGGUGUUCCGAGUCCCAGCAGUACUGGUCAGACUGGUUUGGACUUCAGGAAAGGUGACUAUGACGAUGCAACGCCUCAGAAAAGUGUGGAAAAGCCUGUGGCCCUGGAGGACCUCAUCACAGUCUCGGCUUUUUCCUGUGGGGAUCUGCAGCUGGAAGGAAAACAAGCCAGCGCUUAUCUGCAAGGGUUGACUUUAACUGAAAGUUUUGAGGAAAUCAGCGACAGCACUUUGUCGUGGCUCUUCUCUCCAACUCUGACUGAUGUGAUGGGGAAGGAGUUGACUUUAAAAGCAGAUUCCCAUGACGAAUCCAACGCCGUCGCUGAUCAGGGCGACCUAAUAAGCCUCGGCUCUCCUUUUAACAUCUCCAGGAGGAAUUCUGGAGAGCCGUUUCUGCUGGUUGACCUCUCUGGGGUCACCCAGGACUCGCCCAGCGAGUUAAACACUCAGAUUGCAGAGGAGCAGGCAGCGCUCCCUCCCUCUCAGACUUUGUCACCUGAAACCGGAGACAAAGGUUUAUUCCCUGAUCAAGUGACUGAUCUGCCUUUAACCAGCAGCUCUGCUGAGAGCUGCCAUUCGCCACCUUUGUUGGAUUUUGACAGUCCUGCUUCUGUUGUACCAAAAAAUGAGGCUCAGUCUGCUGUAAUCGGCCAUGUUCCUUCAGAGGAAAGGAGUGAAAACGAUGAAGACUCUGUGGAUUUGAUGGAAGACCGAAGUAAUUUCGCUGCUAAAACGCGAUCAAACCAGGAGGAAAUGGCUCUGGAUCUGUAUUUGACUGCUGAGGAGGUUCAUGAUGAUGAUGAUGGUGGUUCAGAGGAGAGGCAGCAUCAGGUGGCGUCUUUUGAUUUAAACCUUCCUCCUCCUCCGGCGGCAGUGGGAAACGCCAGACAAGACGACGUGUCUUCUCUGAAAGCGGUGUUCGACGCCUUGGACCAAGACGGAGAUGGGUUCGUCCGCGUCAAGGAGUUUUUGGAGUUUGCGGCGGCCUACGGGGCAGAUCAGGUGAAGGAUCUGACCAAGUUUUUGGACCCCAGCGGUCUCGGCGUCAUCAGUUUUGAAGAUUUCCACAGAGGAAUCUCUGCGAUCAGUAAUGGAGGUCCAGAACCGCAGCUCUACAGCUACAACCCAGGGGACGGCGCCGGCGGCUGCCCAGAGGAUUACGACGAGCAGAAUGAGGUGACGGACAGCGCGUACCUGGGCUCAGAGAGCACCUACAGCGAGUGUGAGACGUUCACAGACGAGGACACGGCGGCGCUGGUUCCCCCAGAGAUGCACGAGGACGUGGAGACGGACAGCGGCAUCGAAGCCACGCUGCACGACCCCGACGAUGGGGGAAGCAGGUUCUCCCUGAACUCGGAGCUCCACAGCCACUCCCUGGUGACGGUCAUCAGCGGAGAGGAGGAGCACUUCGAGGACUUUGGGGAGAGCAACACGUCGGACCUGCUGCUGGAGAGCAGCGUGGACGGCUCCAUGGGGAAGGGCGCCGCCACGCCGCCCGAGCAGAUCAACGGCUCCGCCGUCAUUUCCCCCAGCGCCCCCGCCUGCCUCCCUGACUGCUUCCAGAGCUUCCUCAGGGAGGAGGCGCUGGACUUUUUCUGUAGCCAGUGUCACAGGCAGAUCAGUCGCCUGGAGGAUCUGUCCACACGCCUCAAUUUCCUAGAGAUGACUAGCGCCGGGAAGCGGCUUUCCAGCAAGAAGGUGGCGAGGCAUCUGCUGCAGAACAGCUCCAUGACUCUGGACACCAUGAGCGACCUGACGCGGGACAUCCUGGAGCUCGCCGACAACGACAUCACAGACAAGGUGCUGCUCCUGGAGCGGCGCGUGGCGGAGCUGGAGAAGGAGUCGGAGGCGUCGGGCGAGCAGCACGGCCGGCUGCGGCAGGAGAACCUGCAGCUGGUGCACCGGGCCAACGCGCUGGAGGAGCAGCUGAAGGAGCAGGAGCUGCAGGCCGACGAGCUGCUGCAGCAGGAGAACCGCCGCCACAAGGAGGCGCUGUGCAAGCUGGAGAGGGAGAAGGGGCUGGAGCUGGAGAACGCCCAGGCCCGGCUGCAGCAGCUGGACGAUGAGAACAGCGAGCUGCGGUCCUGCGUUCCCUGUCUCAGAGCGAACAUCGAGCGACUAGAGGAGGAGAAGCGGAAGCUUCAAGACGAGGUGGAAACUCAGACCGACAGGCUGAACGAGGAGACGGAGUCCCGCAGGAAGAUGGCCGACAAGCUGAGUCACGAGCGCCAUCAGAACCAGAAGGAGAAGGAGAGCACCCAGGAGCUGAUCGAAGACCUGCGGAAGCAGCUGGAACAUCUUCAGCUCUACAAGCUGGAGGCCGAGGCCAAGCGAGGCCGAACCCCUGGCGCCGGGCUGCAGGAGUACCAGACCCGGACCCGGGAGGCCGAGCUGGAGCAGGAGAUCAAACGACUCAAACAGGACAACCGAACUCUGAAAGAGCAGAACGACGAGUUGAACGGACAGAUCAUCAACCUGAGCAUCCAGGGAGCCAAGAACCUGAUGUCGGCCUCCUUCUCCGACUCCCUGGCAGCCGAGAUCAGCUCCGUGUCUCGGGCUGAACUAAUGGAGGUCGUUCACAAACAGGAGGAGAUCAACUACCGACUCCAGGAUUACAUCGAUAAGAUCAUCGUGGCCAUCAUGGAGUCCAACCCCUCCAUCCUGGAGGUCAAAUAGGCCGCAGGCAGCCUUAUUGGGAACGGCCGCUGCCGCCGGCUCCACAGGCUGUGAACUUAUUUAUAACAAACUGGCACUAAGAAAACGAAGGAGAGGAUGUAAAAAUUAAUUUAUUGGACCUUCUUACAACACUCAUGACUCCAGACUGGCUUAGAAAAGAACGACGAUAAAUUUCUACGAAGUCCAAGGCUGUCAGUAAAAAAUAAGCUUGUUUUUGUUUCUUUUCGGUUUGUGUGGAUGUGCGUUGGCCUCCUGUGCGCCGUUGGGUUCUGGUGACUUCCAUGUAUUUGGCUGGAGGAACCCGAGCCCCCUGGUGGCUGAAUGUGAAAAUGCAAGUGUAGAUUAGCUCCUCCUUUAUUCCCAAUCAGCUUCUAAUCCACCUAAAACCGAUCCGCUAGUUCUACCAAAACGCCUUAAAGGAAGGUUGAUCAAAGUAUUUCAUUCUGCUGAGCGCACCAUAAGCGACUCGGUCUGACCCGAGGAAACCCGACCCAGGCUGAGUCGUGUUUUCACGACCCGCAUGAAGCGCAGGUCAGGGGUCAACGACGGUUGGUAUCUAAAGCUCAACCCGAUGAGGGAGGUUUCUCCUGAUCAGAAACUCCAACAGGGUUUUGCUUUGUGUGUGUGUGUGUGUGUGUGUGUGUGUGUGUGAGAGAGACGUUCCCUUGCUUUUUCUGUGUUUGUGUGAACCAAAAUGGCGACACUAAAUGCAGUGAAAAGCAUAAAACAAUCAUUCCUGUAGGGGAGAAAACUAACAAGAUGAAAGAAGUGGUUUAUUGUUUGGUUUAUGUUUACAAUGAAACAGGGUCCUGGAUGUCAGGCGGGCUGGAACAGCACUACACACAUUUAAAGGGCCAGCUGGAGAAAAUAAGCACUUCUUCUUACCUACAGUAGAUUUCUCUGUCUGCGUCGAUUCAGGAUAAAUCCAGAGAACUCGGCUCCAGAAACAGAAGCAUCGGCUAAUCCCAAUGAGUUAGCCAUUAGCCGUAAACCUCCAAAAACAUCACUUUGGUUUAGGUGAAUCUUAUUAACCUUUAAACAGUAAUUUACAGAGACAGAUCACUGGAGGCGGUGCGCCACUAAAAGUCUUCCUGUCUGAAAAAGUGAAGCUAACGGCUACUACGAAAAGAAUUGGCAGGUAACCUCAAAAGAUUAAUUAAAUUCACAAAAAUCACAUUGAUAAUUUGAACAGUCAUUGACAGAGAUGAUCAUUGUUUGCAUGGAGGCUGGAGGCGGUGCGCCACCAAUAGUCUUCCUGUGUGAAACGCCUACAAAGAAUGAAAAAACUGAAGCAUUUAUAGUCAGCACCGUCGUUUUUUUUGUUUGUUUUUGUUUUUUAAAGCAAUGCAAGAAGCUAAACAUAUAAAUCGACUUGUGUGUCUCUGGUACUUGUUAUGAUCAGUUUGUUUCACACAGGAAGAUUAUUGGAGGCACACCAACUCUUUAGUUCCCCAUCUACACACUCAGCAGUUUUUGUUUAAAAAGAAAAGACAGCUUGACGCAAACAAUGUAACGGUUAGCUUGAGAGGCUGGAGCUAACUCUGGAUUUACUCUGAUUUAGGACUCCAAGUGAGCAUGACACUGUAGGGUAAGAUAUUGACUGUGCAUAGCCCUUCACUAGAACCUCAGUUCAGUAAUUCUGCGCUGUCCCUUUAAAUGAAUCCCGACCAACCCAGUAUGUAUCCCAGUACAGCCCGCCUGAUCCCAGCGUCGUCUUGCUGAGUGCAGCAGGGAAGUUUAACGUGUUUUUUUACUGCAACUAUUAAAUGCCGGCAUUUUGACAAGUUGUAUGUGAAGAAUUUAGCGCUUGUGUUUUGCACUAUGAUUUGUUUUUGUUUUUGGAAGUAGGAUGAAAUGCUAUGAAAUGAUUAUUUGUAGGAAUCUGUUGAAGAGGGAAAAGUAUCACACUAUGACGCCAUGUUGAGUCAAACAUAUCCAAUGAUUCUGCAGCGUUUCUUUAAAUGCAACUCUGAGCAUCAAGCUUGGAGACUUCAGACGUUUUUGUAGCAAUAAUGCAGGAUAAGAAAUGAAUGGAGGGUAAUUCUUCUUUUCUUCUGCUGGGUGAAGACAUCAUGAACUGAUUCUGGACUCUUAACGCCGACCUGGAUGUGGAUUUAUAUCACGACCUUUGACACCAGUACGUCUGAUUUCCUCGUUUUUUCACUCUGUUCGCCUCUUUCUCACUGCUCUUCACUCGCCACUCCAUGAAGGAAAAGACAAAAAACUAACCAAUGGCCUUGGAUGUAAAUGUCUUGUAAAGUUUUUUUCUACACUCAUUCUAGAUUCUAGGUAUUUUUCUAGUCGCAGCAGAGGAACGGAAGGUCGCCUGUGCUCUGUAGCAUGUAGCGUGUACAGUUUCUGUCGGGGUUCUUCGUCUCACGCCGGUAUUUAUUCGUCGACGGCUCACACUGACCUGUUCUGCUGAAACAAAUAUGUUUGUGCUUUAUUGAAUUCACAUUUAUUGACACUGAUCAACGCGGCGGGAGAGUUUAUUAGCGAGGUAAGGGUUAGCUGAGCUGCACAAGAGGGCCGCCUGAGGUCAACGCGCUCUUCCGUGAAGGUGAAGUUUUCCUGUUGUCUUCCCGGAGGGAGUCGGUCCUGCAUGGAUGCACAGAGUUCUUGUUGUACAUCUUGAUCCAUGAUCACUAAGAUGACAUUUUAAAACCUCCUGGCAUUCACAAGGGUGAAAAAAGGUUUUUAAUAAUUCCUGAUUUCUUUGAGCGAAAAUACGACGUAGACACAUCUAGGUGUUUAAUUAUGCCUGUAUAUUUUUUCUUUUUGUAGAUUAGAUUUGCACUUUCACCUGAUCCAUUGUCUUAUUUCCUGGGUUAAAAAUGACCAAAGACUGAUUCUGUUCUGAAUUUUUUCUGAAAGAAACUGACCUGGUAGCAGAGCCGGUCCAAAAAUAAUCUACGGCCUUUGGCAGAACUUGAUUUUGGGCCCCCAAACUACCAUGACAGCUAAACAAUAUAUAUAAAUUAAAGCAGUUUUUUCUACUAAUGCUACUUCUAAGAUGUUAGCCUAUUAAACCAAAAAUAUUUUACUCAAAGUGUUUUUCCGCCUGUUGCUUCUAAGGUGCUAAGUUGCUGCUCAGUUUGCUUCCACCUUGGUCCGGCUCUGCCUGUAGUCUAAACACUGUCUCUCGCUAAACCUGAUGAUGAGCCCUGGAUAAAGUCAGUUGGUUUUAAAUUAUGCGAUAUACAUCUGAGCUGUAAAUAUAAACAUUUUUGCAGACUUCUUUCCUGUUUCCUUCAAAUGCGUCUGAAGGUUUGCUAAAGGCGUCGCCAUCCGAGUCGUGCUCAGCUUGUGUGACGGAGAAGGACAGGAAGCAAAUACUGUAGAAAAGAGAAUCUGUAAGAAGUAAAUUUAUUCCUAUUUUCAAAGAUAAAUGUAUAAAUUAAUGUAUAAAUUAUAACAGUAUUGGGUACAGCUGUAUAAUAUUUUUGGAGCUCCCUACAAAUGAUUUACUCCUAAUUGUUACUGGGGAAAUAUGUCAUUUAUUGUAAGAAGAGAAUUUAAAGGUAAAAAGUGGAAGUAAGAAUAGAAUAAAUAAAUGGAAUAAAA